CCUGUGGACCCCAACUUCAUCGUCUGGCACGACAUCCGCACACCCCGGUUACCGCCUAUCCACAACUUAUUCACGCUCCCUCCUCAAGACGCCACCAUGCUCCCCUGCCUAUGGCUGCUUCUUUUUCUCCUCGAAGCGGUCGCCUUCGUCGGAAUCCUGAAGACCUUGGAGUAUGCGAAUUUGAAGGCGGAGUGGCAACGAAUAUUGGACCGGAGUGCGCCUAUAUUCCUCCUCGAGAAGCCCACCUUCAACAUAUACUUUCUGUCAAAGGACGUCGUCUAUGAGAACCCCGGGCCGGCACCGGAAUCGUCGGUCGCAUAUCCUCCAGGAUUCUUCUUAGAGCAUCAAUACUCGGCUCUCCCCGAAUUCGACCACGCCGUGCAGCCAGACAGCCCUGUAGCCUCCAACCUACGCUCCGCACCUACGUGGCUGUCCGAGUGGCGCGGUAUUAUAGAGCUCAUCGUGAUCGGCUCGAUUAUCACGGUGUGCAUCGUGAUUGUCGGUAAGAUGAUAUUGAAAUUGGGGUUGCAGCGACAACGGAUGGUCCUGGAAGAGCGGGCGAGGGAGAGGCAGAGAGUACGAGAGCAGCGCCGGGCAGGCCCAUUGCGAGUACGAACACGGUCCGGGGAACCUUUGCCGUUGCAGGACAGUCAUGUCCGCGUCGAAAGGGUAGCCCCCGCGGAGGCAAGCAGGGCAGGCUAGCUCCAGCAACGUCCUCGCCAGUAAGUCUCGGCACAGUUUGUCUGAUUUUCGUAUGAUUGACGAGUCCUGC